UGUGGCUGGAGCUUUAGAAAGCAAGUAUUGGAGCAGCGGCAGGGCCCUCGUGAAGCAGGACCUUUUAGAGUUUGGAUUAAAGGUCUGAAGAUGACAACGGCAACACGGCAAGAAGUCCUGGGCCUCUACCGCAGGAUUUUCAGGCUCACGAGGAAAUGGCAGGCAGCAUCAGGGCAGAUGGAAGACACCAUUAAAGAAAAACAGUACAUAAUACACGAAGCCAGAACCCUGUUCCAGAAAAACAAAAAUCUUACAGACCCAGACUUGAUUAAACAGUGUAUAGAUGAGUGCACAGCCAGGAUUGAAAUUGGAUUGCAUUACCAGAUUCCUUAUCCAAGGCCAAUUCAUCUACCUCCAAUGGGCCUUACUCCACUGCGAGGUCGAGGACUUCAAAGCCAAGAGAAACUGAGGAAGCUUUCCAAACCAGUCUAUCUCAAGUCUCAUGAUGAAAUUUCCUAACCCAGGAAAAUGUUUAUUUCUGAGAAUAAUGAGCCAGCUAGGUCUUGACCAUAAAACAGAUGACAAAACCCUUUUCCUUGAUUAGGGGCAAAAAUUUCAAAUAUCUUCUAAAACUCUCUAUAAUAUUGGAACCCCAUUAGAACUUGCCCCAUGAUGUGCCUACGUGCCCCAAGCCUUUGCCAGGAUCUUGCUCCCUGAGUGGAUGAUACCAACCAAAGGAGCCCUGGACCUUAGCACUCUGACUGAAGUUCUGUUUUGAAAUAAGACUAAGGCCUCUGGAAGGGUGAAGGGUAAUAAAAGUUUUCAUGGAAAUUCUCUUAGCCACACCUGUCAGCCGAUUCAGAGAAAUUAGCCAAUUUCCAGAAAGUAUUUACGGUUACUGUGGAAUUCGUAUCACUCUCAAAGCAUUUUGUAUCCGCCGCCCCCCCCCCCCAAGUUACAGAUUUGCUUUAAAGUCGACUGUGUAUGUUCCUAUGCGUUUGCCCCCAACUUCAGAAAACUCUGAAAAGGUACUUGAUUGGAUUGAUCCUGGUUUUUCAUAGAAUUUUUCUAUGAGACCCACCCCAAAACAAAAGUGCAUGUUUUAGUCAAAUGCUUAUUUUUUAUCUAAUGUUAUAGUCUGUGAUUACUUUGGAUGUUGAUCUGGAAAGCACCUAAAACUCACAUUCUUUCAUCAGGGGUUUUGAUUGAAAAGUACAAGGCCAGGCUUGUUUUCAAAUUACAUUUAAACCUAAAGCGGAAAGUUAAAGACCCAAACUCAAAGGAUGGGGGUUCUCUAAAGGAGCCUCUAUAAAACAACUCUGGUGGUGUAUUGGGUUACAAGUUUGGCUGCUAACUGCAAAGCCAGCAGUUUGAAUCCAUCAUCUACUCUGUGG